UCCUCCCACCACAACCCGGAAUCAAGAAUGGCCGACAAGCUCCUCGGUGUACUUAUCCUCACUCGACAUGGUGACCGUGCAGGGUUCUACCAGGACCCCAAAACGUAUACCGCCUCGGGCACCGCAAUAACACCUCUUGGCACUAAACAAGAGUUUCAAUUGGGGCAGCUCCUUCGUUCGAUGUAUCUCAAUGCCUCGUCACCUCUCAACAUCCAGGGAAUGAACGACACGCUCGUCAACCAGAACCAAAUUCAUGUCCGUGCAGACGCUGGUGGGGAACUUGGCGUGAUCUACGACUCAGCGGUGGCCCUCCUCCAGGGUUUAUUCCCCGCCAACGCGAAUUACACUCAGGAUUUGGCGAAUGGGACUGAUGUGCAAGGGGCGCUUGCAGGAUAUCAAUAUGUUCCCAUUGAAUCCGUUGAGCCCACGAACGACGUCUCUCUUGAGGGAUACACGUUAUGCAAUACUUUUAACGAUGCCACGACCGCCUUUUACGCGUCCGCAGAAUUUGCGCAGAAGAAGAACGAAACUUCCGCGUUUUUGGCGAUGCUGCCGCCCUACCUCGACGGUCGACCAGUCACACUGGAAAACAUGUAUAAUAUCUUCGACUUCAUGAACGUCCAAUCAAUCCACAAUGCCGACUUCGCCAAAGCUCUCCCACCCACCUUCCUCCCCCAGGUCCGCGCGCUUGCGAACUGGCAUGAAUAUGGUGUCUUUACUUCCGCAAACCUUGACGGGGCCGGGAACAUUGCGGGUCGCGCAAUAUUGCCUGGUAUUAUCGCCAACCUACGCAGCAUCGCCAACGCCACGGACCCUCUCAAGUUUGCGUACCAAUCACUUGCAUACAAACCCUUCCUUUCGUUGUUCAACAUGACGGGAGUUGCACAGGCCCAUCCAGAACUCGCUGGACUGGUAAAUUACGCUGCGUCUGUGGCGAUAGAGGUCCGCCAGCCAAACGACGGCAGCGAGCCCGUUAUCCGCUUAAACUUCAAAAACGGCACCGACGCAAGUUUCGUCACUUACCCCUUGCUCGGUGGCUCUGGCGACGUGACCAUCUCUGCUUUGGCAAACCACGUUAACCCUGCGUUGGUCAACAGCACGACUCAAUGGUGCACGGCCUGCAACAAUACGCAAGACCGUGGAUGUGGCGCGCUCGCGCAAGCUGCUGCCGCGGCCCUCGCAUCGGCCCCUGCAGCCCACCGCCACCAACCCAUCAGCCCGGUUGGUGCUGGCUUCCUUGGCGCUGGGUUGACGGUCGCGGUCAUGCUGGCCAUGUUUGCUGUGUUGACAUUCUUGGGAUGCUUGACGAUCGGACGAGGAAAAGGGAAAGCAAGAAGAGCAGGAACCCCAAGCUCGAAGUCUGAUCACGACGAAAAGGCAUAG